AUUUACUAUUUAUAUAAACAUUUAUUCUGGCAAUGUCUGAGGCUCCUACAAGCCCUUCAAAAGAUCACCAGCUAAAAGAUGUUGCAAAUACUUCAAAAGAUUAUCAGCUAAAAUAUGUUCCUUGGGUUUUUAAAUCGUCUUCUCAGUUUACGCCAUAUUAUACUAGAGUAACUCAAAGUAGUCUUGGGAAAUAUUGCGUUCCAGUUAUUUCCAAAGAUGAUGAAUUACCAAAAAGAGGUCCUAGCGUAAUUCAUCCUAAAAUUUUAGAAAAUAUGAUGUUUGAUGAAAGAUACUCCUGGUUGGCUAGACCAGGUAAAGAAGACUUUUUUAUCCACGAAAUGUACAGAAAGUUCACACCCGAUAGAUCAAAAGGAAUGUACGAUCCGAGAUAUAUGCAUAAAGAAAAAAUAUUCAACCGUUCGUAUCAGUUUGAAUUGGACUGUAUCGAAGCUGAACGACUAGAAAAACGUCGAGUCAAGAACGAAACAGACGCGGCAGAAUUUGAGGGGUCUUUUCAAAGACUAGUUAAGAAACAAGUAGAAAAAGAAUCGCCUCCCAUACCUUUGGUCCCUUGCAAAAUAGAACCUCCCAUUUGGUGGCCUAAAACUCCACAACCAGACGAAGAAAUUAUAGAACCGGUAAAGGUAACUCCAGUUUACACAAGGUCUCAUGCUAGAUGGAUAGAAGAACCAAAUUUAACGGCUUUUGUACAGGACAAUCUUUGCCAGAGGAAAAAGGAUAUGCUACUAGUUGGCCAGCCUUUUAAAACCGAAGCAUGCAACUGGUAUUACAAAAUAUACCCGCCUCCAGACAUAAAAUUCGUCCCAAAAAGUUUACAGUAGGAAAUCUGUCACACUGACAGUAUAUCAAAAUUUUCGUUAA